AUGGCAGACACACGCGCUAUACCACCAGAUGCUAGAGCCAGCACCGUUGUUGGCGAUGCAGAAACGGAGAGAAAAUACGAUAGCUCGGACGCCGGUACGCGUGAUGAGGUUGUGCGCAGUCCCCAAAAUGAGACGGUCUCGGACAAGGAUCGCGAGUUCUACGAAAAGUACGGCACAUACGAUCGCUAUGAGAUCACCGAAGAGGAUUGUUAUGACGAACUAGGCUUCUGCUUUCCGUCAUGGAAGAAGUGGAUGAUCUUGUCCAUUGUGUUCACUGUGCAAGUGUCGAUGAACUUCAACACGUCGCUCUACUCGAACGCCGUUCCUGGAAUCUCCGAGGAAUUUGGAGUCAGCGCACAGGCUGCGCGAUUGGGUGCGGCUAUCUUCUUGAUCACAUAUGCUUUUGGUUGUGAGCUGUGGGCGCCGUGGAGUGAAGAACUCGGGCGAUGGCCCAUUCUCCAACUCAGUUUGUUUUUCGUGAACAUCUGGCAAAUUCCUGUUGGUAUUGCACCCAACUUUGGCACUAUCCUCGCCUUCCGAGCAUUGGGUGGUCUCUCGACGGCUGGCGGUUCAGUGACACUUGGUAUGGUUGCGGACAUGUGGGAAGCCGACAACCAACAAUAUGCUGUCGCCUUCAUCGUCUUCUCGUCCGUUGGUGGCUCGAUUUUGGGGCCCGUCGUCGGUGGUUUCGUCGAGCAAUUCCUCGCUUGGCGCUGGAAUAUUUGGAUACAGCUGAUUUUUGGCGUUGCGACCCAAAUUGUGCACUUCUUCUUCGUCCCUGAAACUCGUACCACUAUCAUGAUGGACCGCAUCGCGAAGAAGCGCCGCAAGGAGAGCGAGAAGAACGGCAAACCUUUGAACCUCUGGGGUCCAAAUGAGCUUACGCCGUACAAGGAGCGCUUCUCCUUCCGGGAGAUUCUAAUCACCUGGAUCCGCCCAUUCCGCAUGUUCCUCACCGAGCCCAUCGUGCUUGUUCUGUCCCUGCUCUCUGGUUUCUCUGAUGCCCUCAUCUUUAUGUUCAUCCAGUCAUUUGCCCUUGUGUACGCGCAGUGGGACUUCGCCACAUUCGCAGUCGGCCUCGCGUUCGUCUCCAUCGGUAUAGGCUACACACUUGCAUGGAUCUCUUUUAUCCCAGCCAUCAAACGAAAUGAGAAGGAGCGCAAGAGCAAGCCUCACGACGAAAGGGCACAAUACGAAUCCCGCUUAUGGUGGCUGUUGUUCACAGCUCCGUGCCUGCCCAUUGGCCUGAUCGGCUUCGCGUGGACAUCCACCGGACCGCCUCUACCAUGGAUUGCUUCCAUGAUCUUUGCCGCAAUUGUCGGUAUCGCGAACUAUGCAAUUUACAUGGCCACCAUCGAUUACAUGAUCUGCGCAUACGGCCCCUACUCUGCCUCCGCGACGGGCGGAAACGGUUGGGCUCGCGAUUUUCUCGCCGGUAUUCUUACUCUUCCGGCCACCCCGUUUUUCCAGAACAUCCCCUCAUCUUCGAACCCCAACCAUCUCGCCUACGCCUCCACGAUCCUCUUCUGCAUCUCAUUCGUGCUCGUCCUCGCCGUCUACGUUAUCUACUGGAAGGGCCCCGUGCUUCGUGCGCGUAGUCCUUUCGCUCAGCAGCUCGCUGGUGCGAGGGAGCAGACUGGUGGUAGGAGAGUUAGUGCUCUUCCUGGGUUGUAUGGGUCGAGGCAUAAUUCGAUUGCGGGCGGUAGCCCGGCUCCUGGAUCGAGAAGGGGCAGUGUUAUCAGAGGCGCGAGCUAUGCAAGCCAACCGUCGAGGGUCAACUCGCGCACGCCCUACUGAUGAGUAAUGGUUUGAGGAAACGUUCGGAGUCACUGUAUCCUUUCAAGCAUGUCGUCAUAUGACCUAAGCUUCGACCAGAGUCUGUAAGAUAGUGGGGGUUACGUUUUUGUAUAUGUGCUGCAUACGAAUGCUUACGAGAUAACGAUUACGGCUUUUCUGAAAUGAAAUUAUUAAGAGGUU